AAGGAAGGAAAGAAAGAAAGAAAGAAAGAAAGAAAGAAAGAAAGAAAGAAAGAAAGAAAGAAAGAAAGAAGAGGAAACGGGUAAUGGGAGUUGAGAAGGCACUAGGAGGGCAGAAAAGCUCCUCCCUAGCGAGGCAGAGUAAGCAAGAGCCACUCUACUCUUGAGGACGUCCAGUGAAAGCUGGGGUCAGCGUUAAGAGGAGGCCCACAGUGCUGAGUCCCUUCCCCCACCAGAGUGUCCUCGGUGAAGAGCCAGGGGUCUGCGAGCUCCCAAACAUGUUCUCACAGAUACUGUGAGAUCAAGUGAUCUUGUCCCCCUUCCCAGAUCUGUUCCUCCUGCCCUGUUCUCUACUCAUUGUUGCCACCCCCACGACACCCCCAGCUGGGUGUUACCCUCAAGUCCUCCUUUUUCCUCACCCUUACCGUCAUUCCAGCCCCUUGUCCACGUUAGCUCUCACCCAGGACUCUGCCACUUUCCUCACUCCUACUGCCACCGCCUAGAUGGGGCCAUGAGCCCUCAUUCGGAUUAAGAUGAAGAUGAGGGCUCCUCCCUCAUCUCCCUGCCUCCAGACUUAUCUUGCCCAAUCCACCCUCCAUGACCCCCGCAAAGUCAUUUUUUCCUAAAAUUUUAUUAAGAAAACCUUCCAACAGACAGAAGAGUUGAAAAAAUUUCACAGUGACCACCUAAAUACCCACCACUUAGACUUAAAUAAGCAUUUUACUAUACUUGCUUUAUCUCCAUCUAUCCAUUCCUUCAUCCGUCCAUCCAUCUUAUAAGUUUAUGCAUUGUAAAGUAAGUUGCACACAUUCAAAUGAUUUUUUGAAAUAUAAUCUGAUUGCUAGACUCCCAGUAAUGCCCUCUUUCUCUAAAAGAUAAAGCCCGAGCUCCACAUUGUGAUUGGUAAAUGCCUCUAGCCUAACCCAACCCCCACCUGCUCCCUAUUUUAUACUCGGUCAGGCCAAAUGACCUGAAGACCCCCUCACGGCACUGUUGGCCACCUCGCUGACCUGCUUUUACUGUUGGUCUCCAGAGCUUGUCCUCAGCCUCCAGGGCCUCUAGUGCCCCCUCCUCUCCCACACUAGUUUAUACCCGCCUCCUCUGCAAGCACACAGCAGGCGCCAGGGCAUACAGCAGCCAGGGGCAUACAGCCGCCUCCAGGGCAUGUCCUCGUCAUCGCACUUCCUGCCACAAAUCCUGAUGAUCUGUUUAUGUGUCUUCCUCACCUUCACCCCCACUGAGAGGUUCUUGAAAAUUCAUGGUUCCUGCUUUAUUUGUCUAUUGUUCUAGGCACCUAGAACAGUCUGUGGCACAUGUGGGUGCUCCAUAAAUAUCUUUUGAGUGAAUGCAUGGCUGGUUUGUCCUUGCUGACAAUACCGCCUGCCUUUUACUGCCUUCUCCCACACAGCAUGCGUCCAGUUUUUCAACGUGCCUCCCAGAGAGUAAGAAGGAAGAAAAGGACACUGGGUGUUAUCAAUGUCCUUUAGCCAAAGACCCCCAGGAACACACCUGUCAUUGAACAAGUGGGGUUUAUUACUCAUUGCAGAGAGAGAGAAUUCACCCCAUAGGGCGUGUGGGACACCUCAGUAAGAGUGGGUCAGAAAGAAACGGAUUACAGCAUUGGGGGUUUGGUUAGGUGGCUUGGGGGAGGGUCUAAGGAAGUUGGGGCUUGCUGUAGAUUAACGCUGUCAGAAAGCAGAGCAGAUGUUAUUACUGAACGUCUACAUAAAUCUUUUGUAUAGUGAGGGAAGGCUAGAAUGAGGAGAGAAAGGUAUGGUUGGUAGAGUAGUAGCAACCAUUUCAUUUAGCCAAGAGAAGGGGUACUUGGUGUUUUGUGGAUGGCACGAUGACCUUGUUUUUGUCUGUGCUCAGGCAAGAUCAUUAAGCGGGCUUGCUUUGUCUCAUUUUAUCAAGAUCUCGGAGUAAACUUGUCUGAGGUUGGUAUUCUGUAAGAUAGUUUAUGCCUAAUAGGAGAUAACACGGCUUACUGUGUUAGACACUCUUCUGAGUGUCAGAGGCUGUUUUUUUUUCUUUCUCAGCGUUUAGGUGGGAAACUGGGAAAAAGAUGAAUUAGUGGGGUUGCAGCAUGUGUAUAUAUGUGUGUAGCAUCCAGUUCAAUGGAAGAAACUUGUCAAAUAGAGCAAGUCUCAAGUUUAACUCUCAGAUGUCCAACCCCCAAUCUAGCCAUACAAUCCUAGGUCACAGGCUGACACAUUCAGCCUCCACAGUUACCGACCCCAUGGGCAUGGAAAGGGACAGGUGACUCUGGGCCCUGGUGCAGCUGAGUCAUGAGUAGGGAGGAACCAGCUCUCUUGGGUGGCCUUGUUGGGGACCUCUCUUGGGCUUCUACCUGGACAUCCUCGUUCUCCCAGGGCAGAGACUCCACAGCUUGUUUUCUUGGCUGGCUGUUUUUGUUUGUUAUACUGCCUGGUGUCACAGCCUCCCAGUGACUCCCAUACCUACUCAUUUGAGCCCUGAGGAAAACCUGUUAGAUAUGAAUUCUUUGUUGGUUUUGUGGCAGUGGCCUCUGACCAGACGGGUUCAACUCCCAGGACCCCAAGGGCUUUGCUGUCUCUGCUCCCUGCUUUUGCAGUGAUGACCUCACUCUUGCGGUCAGUCUCAGGCAUCCAGUGACUCACUGUAGAGUAAAUCAACAGCGUGACAGAUGCCUGGCACCUGGGUUCUCUGGGGACACUCUCUUAGGAUGUGGGGCAUGACCUUUCAUCCUCAGUCCAGCUCUUCUGCUAGUUAUUCCCCUUCCCUGAUAGAGCCUCAACAUUUCCUUCAAAUCAGACGGCUCUGAGGUUGCUCUCUCCAGCCCUCAUUAUCCCUUCCUGCCCAGCCAGACCCAAUGGCUUCUGUUCUAAAAGCUCCCCCACCCCACUCCCAGUUGUUAUCAUAUCUUCUUGUCUGGCUGUUCUCUUCCCUUAGGUUCCAGUCUGCUUCUUGCCGGAUGAAGUGCCUGCUUGCUGUAAGACCUUGAACAAAUUACUUAAUUCUCUGGGCUUCAGUUUUUACACCUGUAAAUUGUAGGUAAUGAUAAUUACCUUUUAGUAUUGUUGUGCGGAUUAGUUUGUUUUUUUAACUACACAAGUAAUUAAUGUAUACAUUCAGUUGUAAAGAAUUUAAACAAGACAGGUAGAACAAAAGUCUCUUACUACCUCCCUGAAUCUUGCUGUGAUUGGGUGCUUCAGGACAUUUUUCUUUGUAUUUACAUACAUAUUUGUGUAAAUAUAGAAAUAAAUAUGUAUGUGGGUGUGUUUGUGUUUUUGAAAUAGCUAUAGAGUGAGCGUAGUGGGGAUUGCGAGGGUAGUUGUUUGUGGACCAAGUGAGGUAGGUGGUUAAAAAAAAAAGCUGCAUCUUUCAUAAAAGCAAGUCAGUAGACAAUGCCUAACACUGGAAGGACAUAUAGCAGUGGCGUAACCCUGGCAUUUACAGAUGUGCUAACACCAAAAGCAAAUCAACUGAAAGAGCUGAAAGGAGUGGAGAUGGGGGUGAGGGCUGCUAGAAACAUUUCUAAUUAACUCAUCUAAUUCUUUGAAUUUUCAUUUGCAUGUAUAACUGUGGUUAAAAUCCUGGGGAUUAUCUAAUUGCAUUGUGUUCCUUUUUGUCCCUCCCAGCCACAUCAAGGCCUGCCGCCAGCUGGCCCCUCAGCCCAGCUUCUCCCCCCUCGGCCCAGCUUCUCCCCCCUCGGCCCAGCUUCUCGUGCCCCAGACCAGCUUCUCCCCCCUCGGCCCAGCUUCUCCCCCCUCAGCCCAGCUUCUCGUGCCCCAGACCAGAUUCUCAUCCCCUAGACCAGCUUCUCGUCCCCUAGACCAGCUUCUCCCCCCUCAGCCCAGCUUCUCACCCUGGCUCCAUUCCCACAGGCCAGCCUUGUGCAGCCCUCGGGGUCUCUCACCCCUAACUGGUCUCCAUCCCGCCUCCAAUCCACCUGCAGCCAGAACAAUCUCUGUCACAUGUGUCAUCAGAGCAUGUUUCUUCCCCACUUAAAAACUCUCUGAGACUGGUGUAGGAUGACAGGGCUGAUUCCGCCCUCAGCAGGCAAGCUCCCCCCCCUCUCAGCUGCAGCCCCGCAAGAUUCCAGGGCCACUUCUCACUGUCACCCUCAGCCCUGGACCCGCCUCCUGCGAGGCCCGGGAUCUCUUGGGCCGCCCGGGCUCUGUAUUCUCUGCUCCUUCUGUGGGCGUUUCUUUGAUGUGGAUCAUAACUCAGUACAUAAUGCUCUGCACUCACUUCUUUUAACCAUGGGUCUUCAGGCUCUUGUCAACCCAAAUUGGUCUUCCUCUUUCUUUUCAACUACUGCGGAAUGAAGUUACCUAAUGUUAUGCGAAAGCACUUUGCUGCCGUCUGGCGUGUAGGAAUGCUCAACCAAUGCUCAUUUCACUGAGGUUCCGAUCCCCCCGACGUAAUGGAGAAACGCCCUCGUUAUCCCCCAACACUGUGGCCGUAAGAGCCCUCUCAACCCUUACCACAGCCAUAGAUCCUGAAUUUGCCGCCGCUGCGCUCCCCGUUGUGUCUGUAGCUUCCCCAUCCGGCUCCCUACACAGCCCUUUUGUUCCCCUUUAACACACCCAGCUCUUCAGAGCUCCCGUGCUUUUUCCUGAAAGGCCCUCUGCCACUCGCUCCCGCCAUCCACUGGGGGAGAGUUUUCCUUCUUCUCAGAUGUCCCCUGUAAAAGCGUCCCUAAGCUGCCCUCCCCAGAGGAGCCCGGGUCCCUGGGCGGCCCCGUGUCUGGUUUGUGCCGCUCCUGUCCUCCUCAACCAGAGCUCGGCCUUUUGAACUCCGACCGUCCUGGCAUCUUCAGAGCUUAGCAUAUCGCCUGGCACGUAAAAUGCUAGACCCCAUAAAUGCUUGCUGGAUGAAAAUCCUCAACUUCCUAAAAGUUUAAUCUCUCUUUGCUAUGUAAUAUGCCACCCGCAGGGGCAGCUGUGGUAUAAAGGAGAAAGUAGAGCGUUUACAGUCUUACUAGCUGCGUGAUUUGGGGCAACUGACUUCACCUGAGUCUCAGUUUCUUAAUCUGUAAAGUGGGAGUAUUAAUAUCUAUGAUGAAUGAAUGAGGAAAUAAAAGAUAUGAAGAUUCUCUAAAAAUGCAAAAGGUAUUAUUAUUAUCCCUUCUCUAACCUCGUUUCAAACUUUACAGAGCUCUGACAAAAUCCUCUCCCCAGGUCCAGCCACUUCUGCAAGAUCGUCCCUUUCCUCCCCCUCUGUUCCUCCUUCCUUUCUGGUGCUGUUGUUUCACCCUCCCACCCCCUGCCCCUGACUCGGUGGGCCCUGCUCUCCCCUUUUCCCUCCUCAGGGUCCGCUCCCUGCCUUUGCCUUUCUCCUGCCAGCAUUCGUGUGUCUUCACAGCUUCCUCGGAGCCGUCCCGAGGGCGCUUGUGGCUUCCUUUCCCUGCACUUCCUGGAAGCUCCUUCCUGCCCUUCCUGACACACAGGCCACCCGGGGGCAGGAGCGCCGGGCACGGGUGUGGAUAACUCCGCCAGACGCUGGUUUCAAGGACGCUCACAAAGUAAUUCGCAGGAGGGCAGGUUCCUGUGGGCUUUAUCUCCGCCGAGUCCCCAGCCUCCAGCACCGUAUCUGGCACAAAUGAGGCACUCAGUAAAUGCUUGCUGAAUUCAUGAAUAUCAACUAUUUUCUUUGAUCCUUAAAACAAUUCUUUGAUGAGCCUCCACCCUCCCUAUAAAGCCUGAUGUGGGGAGACUCGCGCACAGACUGGGACUCCGGUUGAAGACAGAGGCAGUCCCAGGAGGGGGCAGAAAAGCGGCGACACUUAAUGCGGGAGACGCAGAGAGGGGCACCGACUCCGCAGGCAGCAGGGCCGGCCCGCCAUCUGCGCGCGCGCAGGCGGUCGCGGAGGUCGAGGAAGGGGCGGCGUCCGGACCCCAGCUCCCCAUGGAUGCGCCGGAGCUGGGCCCGGGGCUGGUGGAGCGUCUGGAGCAGCUGGCGACGUGUCCGCUGUGCGGGGGCCCCUUCGAGGACCCGGUGCUCCUGGCGUGCGAGCACAGCUUCUGCCGCGCGUGUCUGGCCGGCUGCUGGGGGACCCCGCCGGCGGCGGGCACCGAGGCUUCCGCCACCGCCUGCCCCUGCUGCGGCCUGCCGUGCCCCCGCCGCUGCCUGAGGUCUAACGUGCGGCUGGCGGUGGAGGUGCGGAUCAGCCGCGGGCUGCGGGAGAAGCUGGCCGAGCCUGGGGCCCGCGCGGGGAGACGCCGAGGGGGCCGCAUCCCCACCAUGGGCUGCCUGGACCCGCACACAGAGGAUAUAAGGAAGACGUGGAGACGAUUUGAUGUCCCAACACCCAAGUCACCUAACCCAGAGGAUGAUCUCCCUGAAGAUUACCCAGUGGUCAAGAACAUGCUUCAUAGACUGACCGCUGACCUGACCCUGGACCCUGGCACCGCACACCGCCACCUGCUCAUCUCUGCCGACCGCCGCAGCGUCCAGGUGGCCCCACCAGGGACGCCCGCGCCCCCUGACGGCCCCGGGCGCUUUGACCAGCUCCCGGCCGUGCUGGGCGCUCAGGGCUUCGCGGCCGGCCGCCACUGCUGGGAGGUGGAGACCGCGGGCGCCGCCUCCUGCACAGACUCUUCCGGGGAGGACGAGGACGCCGGGGAGAGCCGCUACGCCCUGGGCGCGGCAGGGGAGUCGGUGCAACGCAAGGGUCGCGUGAGGCUGUGCCCCGCGGGAGCCGUGUGGGCCGUGGAGGGCCGCGGCGGCCGUCUCUGGGCCCUCACGGCACCGGAGCCCACCCUGCUGGGCGGCGCCGGGCCCUCGCCGCGGCGCAUUCGCGUGGACUUGGACUGGGAGCGGGGCCGCGUGGCCUUCUACGACGGCCGCUCGCUGGACCUGCUCUUCGCCUUCCAGGCGCCCGGGCCCCUGGGGGAGCGCAUCUUCCCGCUGUUCUGCACCCGGGACCCCCGCGCCCCCCUGCGCAUCGUGCCAGCGGAGGGCUGAGGGUCUCGUCCCCAGCCCCCAUGCUAGUCACCGGCGCCACGAAGCUGCUUCCUCCUGGGCUCGGAAGUCCCCGCUCAUUGCAGGGAUCAUGUCCGCACGCCCAUGGCAGGAGUAUUAAUAAGCACCCCACACCAAACUGUACCAUCUAUUUUCUGUCUUAUUAUUUCCCCCCCAAAUAGUAAGGCCUCAGCUGGCUCCAGGUUUCCACACCCAUGCUAUGCCCAAAGCCAAAUCUGUUCCUCCUCCCCUGCCCCCUAAUCUUUCCUUUCCCACCUACUUUCUCCCCUUCCAUACUAUUCCAGGCCUGAACUGGGGAACAGGCCCUGCCCUGCCAGUCCUGGUAAACUGCACGUUUACUACACAGAGGCCCUGCUAGUCAAGUAUUUACCUCCCACUCUUGCCCAUACCAGCUCCAAAGAAGAGCUCGGGGCCUUCUCCGCGGCUCUAAGGCUUGGGCUUCCCUGUCCUGUCCACUCUGAAGUUUCUCCUCAAGAGAAACAAGAGACUCCUCCUAAAACAAGUGGCUUGACUCUGGCCUGGGCCCUAUGGCCCUCUAGGAAGCUUAAUACCCCUUUUUGUGGGAGGCAGGGAGGGACAAGCCAGUUCCACUCCACCCUCCUUCUGUGACUUUUUAUGCUCAUGGCGUUUUUCCAUAAAUCCGCCCCUGCAUGUACUCACAGAAAGGAUCAAUGGUGCUACCUCUCCUCUCCUCAACCUGGGACUGGCCUAGACAUCCCCAAACUACCCUUGUACAGUCUCAUAGCUUUCCCCAUGUGUAUAAAUGGGCCCAUAUUUAACACAUUUUGUGAUGUUGGGUUAUUUAUUUUGUGCAUCUGUGGAAAUAAAUGAGAUCUCAGUGGUGGUA